UGGAGGCGGUCCGGUGCUGCCUCCAGUUAAAGAGCUGGUAGGACGCGGGAGCGCGCAGCAGCACGGCCGCUGAGAGAGAGACAGAGAGAGAGAGAGGAGAUAUUACUUUCUGUCGGUACCUUGUUUGGAUUACGACGCAGGAAUUUGCAGCAUCGACGGCCAACCUGCCAGGGCCCACGAUGUCCAGUGAAGUGCAGAGACCGGACGACAGCCCCAGCACCAGCGGGGGAAGCUCAGAUAUUGAACAAAGGGAAUCGGUACCGCCUGAACAUGAGCGGGAGCAAGCGCAGCCCAAAAAGAAGGAGACCAAGAUUUCGAGUAAAACCGCUGCUAAACUUUCAACUAGUGCCAAGAGGAUCCAGAAAGAGCUUGCAGAAAUAACACUAGACCCACCUCCAAACUGCAGCGCCGGCCCCAAAGGAGACAACAUCUACGAGUGGAGGUCAACCAUCCUGGGACCCCCGGGCUCCGUGUACGAGGGAGGCGUCUUCUUCCUGGACAUCGCCUUCACGCCAGACUACCCAUUCAAACCCCCCAAGGUAACUUUUCGUACGAGGAUCUAUCACUGCAACAUCAACAGUCAGGGGGUGAUCUGUCUGGACAUCCUGAAGGACAACUGGAGUCCCGCGCUCACCAUCUCCAAGGUGCUGCUGUCCAUCUGCUCCCUGCUCACAGACUGUAACCCAGCCGACCCUCUGGUGGGAAGCAUCGCCACACAGUACCUGACCAACAGAACAGAGCAUGACAGAAUAGCCAAACAAUGGACGAAGAGAUACGCCACAUAGGCCAGCAGCCAUCUCCUCCUUUACCUCCCUCACCCUUCACUGUACCUCUCUCUACCUCUCUCUCUCUCACCCUUAGUCUGUCAAAGCACACUCACUAAGUGCAACGGUAUACCUGCCCUCCUAUCACCCUCCUCCUCCUCCUCCUCUUCCUCCUCCACCUCAACAUUUUAUCUACCUUUUCUGUGUAAAAAAAAAAAAAAAAAAAUCAAACAAGACAAAAAAAUGUCCUUUUGUUCCUUGUUGACUUGAAAGCUUCUUUUUUAUACAAAGAGUAGAUUGGGAUUUUUAUUUUCCAAUAUCUGAAUGUUGGAAGUAUUGUAUUGGAGAAAAAACAAAACACAGAAUAUUAUAAAUAUCAUACGCAUUGUCCUCCAGCUAUACAGUAUGUAUUCUCAUUUUCUUAGUGGCACCUGGAACAAACAUGCAGAAUAUUAUUAUGCUUUUACUUUGUUUUCCUUUGUUUUUGUUUUUUUGUAUUUGUCAUCAAUAUGUUAUCUGCAUGGAACAGGAAGGUUUGCGUCAAUGGAUCCUUCAUGCUUUUUAACUUCCUCUGAUUUUGUUUGUACUGUAUGUAUUUUUUCAACGGCUUUUGAGGCAGACCACAAAAGUAUAGGUCUGCCUGUGAAAGAGGCAGGACUUGUAUAUUUACUGGCUACCCGCCACCUCUGCAAUUGCAGAGUGGUUUGUUGUGCACUUGUAUUACUGAAGCACCCAAUAAAACACACUGUGGUUGGCUUGUGAGAAAA